CUCCCCCCAGGCCGGGCCGGUCCCGUGCUGCGCGGUGCGCGGUGCGCUGCGCGGUGCGCUGCGGGGCCAUGGAGCCGGAGGAGGAGCAGCACACGACGACGCUGCUGUGCAUGGGCUUCUCGGACGCGGCGGCCAUCCGCAAGGCCCUGCGCCUCGCCAAGAACGACAUCAACGAGGCGGUGGCGCUGCUCACCAACGAGCGGCCCGGCCUCGACUGCGGCCCGCCCUACGACCCCAUGGACGGCGGGGGAGGAGGAGGCGGCGGCGGCGGCGGCGGAGGAGGAGGAGGAGGAGGAGGGGGCGGCGGCGGCCUCCUCCUCCAGGCCGGGGGACCCCGCGGGGACGGCGGCUCCGGCGGCUCCGGCGGCUUCGACCCCCCGCCCGCCUACCACGAGGUGGUGGACCCCGAGAAGAGCGACGAGAACGGGAACGGCCCCGGUGACGGCGUGGAGUUCCCCACGACCAACCUGUACGAGCUGGAGAGCCGCGUCCUGACCGACCACUGGUCGAUCCCCUACAAGCGCGAGGAGUCUCUGGGCCGCUGCCUCAUCGCUGCCACCGGCCUUGCCCGGCUUGGGCUCGCCGACUCGGAUGAGAACUGCAGGAGAUUUGUGGACCGGUGCAUGCCCGAAGCAUUUAAAAAGCUGCUGACGUCCAGCGCCGUCCACAAAUGGGGGACGGAGAUCCACGAGGGCAUCUACAACAUGCUCAUGCUCCUGGUCGACCUGGUGGCCCAGCGCCUCAAGCAAGAUCCCAUCCCCGCCGGCCUGCUCGGAGUGCUCACCAUGGCCUUCAACCCCGACAACGAGUACCACUUCAAGAACCGGAUGAAGACGUCGCAGAGGAACUGGGCCGAGGUGUUCGGGGAAGGGGGCAUGUACGCCAUCUCCCCCGCCGCGGCCACUUUCCAGAAGGAGCCCCACGGCUGGCUGGUGGACUUGGUGAAUAGGUUUGGAGAGCUGGGUGGGUUCACCGCCAUCCAGGCCAAGCUCCAUUCGGAAGACAUCGAACUUGGGGCGGUGUCGGCCCUGGUGCAGCCCCUGGGUGGCUGUGCAGAAUACCUCAACUCCCCAGUGGUGCAGCCCAUGCUCGAUCCGGUCAUACACAAGAUGAUCAAAUACGUCCAGAAUGUGGAGGAGAAGGACCUCAAGGACAAGAAGCUCCUGAGCAUCCCCGAGCUGCUGUCGGCCAUCAAGCUGCUGUGCAUGCGCUUCCAGCCCGACCUGGUGACCGCUGUGGAUGAUCUGCGGCUGGACAUCCUGCUGCGCAUGCUCAAGUCCCCGCAUUUCAGCGCCAAGAUGAACUCUCUCAAAGAGGUCACCAAGCUCAUAGAGGACAGCACUCUGUCUAAGUCCGUAAAGAUCGCUAUCGAUGCUGACCGUCUGCUGGACUGGCUGGUGGAGAACUCUGUGCUGUCCGUCGCUCUGGAAGGUAAUAUAGACCAAGCCCAAUACUGUGACCGUAUAAAGGGAAUUAUUGAAUUGCUGGGCAGUAAAUUGUCUUUAGAUGAGCUCACUAAAAUUUGGAGAAUACAGUGCGGACAGUCGUCCACCGUGAUCGAGAACAUCCACACCAUCGUCGCCGCCGCCGCCGUCAAGUUCAGCUCGGACCAGCUCAGUCACCUGUUUGUCCUCAUCCAGAAGAGCUGGGAGACCGAAAGCGACCGGGUCAGACAGAAGCUGCUGAGCCUCAUCGGGCGGAUCGGCCGCGAAGCGCGCUUCGACACCACCUCGGCAAAGGUGCUGGAGGUGCUCUGGGACCUGGCCCAUCUCCCCACGCUGCCCGGCGGCCUGAUCCAGCAGGCCCUGGACGAGCACCUGGCCAUCCUGAGCGACGCCUACACCAUCAAGGAGACCGUCAAGAGGAGCUACAUCAUCAAAUGCAUUGAAGACAUCAAACGGCCUGGAGAAUGGACGGGCUUGGAGAAGGCCAAGAAGGAUGGUUUCAAGGUGUGCCCGCAGAACCCGCCGCAGCUGGUGUGGGUGGUGCCAGCCCUGCGUCAGCUCCACGAGAUCACCCGCUCGUUCGUCAAGCAGACCUACCAGAAGCAGGACAAGAGCAUCAUUCAGGACCUGAAGAAGAACUUUGAGAUCGUCAAGCUGGUGACGGGCAGCCUCCUGGCGUGCCACCGACUGGCAGCGGCUGCGGCGACGGGGCCCGGGGGCCUGUCUGGGUCAACACUGGUGGAUGGCAGAUACACAUACCGGGAGUACCUAGAGGCGCACCUCAAGUUCCUGGCAUUUUUCCUGCAAGAAGCUACGCUCUACUUGGGGUGGAGCCGGGCCAAGGAGAUCUGGGAGUGUCUGGUGACGGGACAGGACGUCUGCGAGCUGGAUCGAGAGAUGUGUUUCGAGUGGUUCACCAAGGGGCAGCACGAUCUGGAGAGUGAUGUCCAGCAGCAGCUCUUCAAGGAAAAAAUUCUGAAACUGGAAUCCUACGAGAUUACCAUGAGCGGCUUCGGCUUGUUUAAGGCGUUCUUUGAGAACGUGAACCUCUGCGACCAUCGGCUGAAACGGCAAGGCUCACAGCUGUUGGUGGAGAAGCUGGAGCUGGUGGGAAUGGAUUUCAUCUGGAAAGUGUGCAUGGAGUCUCCCGACGACGAGAUCGCCAACGAGGCCGUGCAGCUCAUCAUCAGCUACAGCUACGUCAACCUGAACCCCAGGCUCAAGAAGGAUUCAGUGUCGCUGCACAAGAAGUUCAUCGCGGACUGUUACACGCGACUGGAAGCGGCCAGUUCGGCGCUAGGAGGGCCCACGUUGACCCACGCCGUGACCAGAGCCACAAAGAUGCUGACGGCCACGGCCAUGCCGACGGUGGCCACGUCGGUGCAGUCGCCAUACAGGUCUACGAAGCUGGUCGUCAUCGAGAGGCUGCUGCUGCUGGCCGAGCGCUACGUCAUCACUGUCGAGGACCUGUACUCGGUGCCCCGGACCAUCCUCCCGCACGGUGCCUCGUUCCAGGGCCACCUCCUGUCCCUCAGCGUCAACUGCGACUCCACCAAAGACACCUUCUCCUUCGAGGCUCACAGCAACGAGACGGUGGGCAGCAUCCGCUGGAAAGUCGCCAAGCAGCUCAACGCGCCCGUAGACAACAUCCAGAUCUUUGCCAACGACAGCCUGCUGACCGUCAGCAAGGACCAGAAGCUCCUCCACCAGCUGGGGUUCUCCGACGAGCAGGCCCUCACCGUGAAGACCUCGGGCAGCGGGACGCCGUCCGCGAGCUCGGCCGACUCCUCCGGGAGCGUCUUCGGCUCGUCGUAUGUCAUGGAGCAGGAGAAGUCGCUGCCAGGCGUGGUGAUGGCUCUGGUGUGCAACGUCUUCGACAUGCUGUACCAGCUGGCCACCCUGGAGGAACCCAGGAUCACGCUGCGUGUGCGCAAGCUUCUGCUGCUCAUCCCAACCGACCCGGCCAUCCAGGAGGCCCUCGACCAACUCGACUCCCUGGGGAGAAAGAGAACGCUGCUGUCGGAGUCCAGCCCCCAGCCAUCCAAGUCCCCGUCGCUGUCCUCGAAACAGCAGCACCAGCCCGGGGCCAGCUCCAUCCUGGAGAGCCUGUUCCGCUCCUUCGCUCCCGGGAUGUCCGCCUUCCGCGUGCUGUACAACCUCGAGGUCCUGAGCUCCAAGCUGAUGCCCACCGCGGACGACGAGAUGGCCAGAAACUGUGCCAAGUCUUUCUGCGAGAACUUCCUCAAGGCCGGAGGCCUCAGUCUGGUGGUGAACGUGAUGCAGCGUGACUCCAUCCCCUCCGAGGUCGACUACGAGACGAGGCAGGGCGUCUAUUCCAUCUGCCUGCAGCUCGCACGGUUCCUGCUCGUGGGCCAGACGAUGCCCACCCUGCUGGACGAGGACCUCAGCAAGGACGGCGGCGGCCUGGAGGCCCUCUCGUCGCGGCCCUUCCGGCCCGUCUGCCGGCAGGGCGGGCGCCAGGUGUCGCUCUGCGGGACCCCCGAGAAGUCGUCGUCGUCGUCGUCCUCGUACCGUCAGCUGUCCGUCUCCGACCGCUCCUCCAUCCGGGUGGAAGAGAUCAUCCCCGCCGCCCGCGUCGCCAUUCAGACGAUGGACGUCGACGACUUCACGUGCACCGUGGCCUGUUUCACGAGGUUGUCGUGGGCGGCGGCGGCGGGCAGGCUGGACCUGGUGGGGAGCAGCCUACCCAUCCGCGAGACCGCAGCCCUGUUUCCCGGCACCGGCCGGCACCGGCUCAGCAGCUCAGGCAGCACCUGCAGCUCGGGGAGCGAGGGGGAUGCCGUCGCCCUGCCCGCGGGGAUCUGCAGGCGGCAGCGGGCGGUGCCCACCAAGGACGCGCUGGUCGCCGGCGAGGCCCUGUCGCUCCUGGUCACGUGCCUCCAGCUCCGGAGUCAGCAGCUCGCGUCCUUCUACACCCUGCCCGGCGUGGCCGAUUUUGUCAUCGACAUCCUCCUGGGAUCGCCGAGCGCCGAGAUCCGCCGCGCGGCCUGCGACCAGCUGUACAGCCUGAGCCAGACGGACACGUCGCCGUACCCGGACGUGCAGAAGCCGAACCAUUUCCUGCUGGGCUUGGUCCUGGCCGCCCAGCUGCCGCUCUGGUCUCCCACCAGCGUCAUGCGCGGGGCCAACCAGCGGCUGCUGUCCCAGUGCACGGAAUACUUCGAUCUGCGCUGCCAGCUCCUCGACGACCUGACAACCUCGGAGAUGGAGCAGCUGCAGGUCAGCCCGGCCGCCAUGCUGGAGGACGAGAUCACCUGGCUGGACAACUUCGAGCCCAGCCGCACGGCCGAGUGCGAGACCAGCGAGGCCGACAACGUUUUACUGGCCGGACACCUCCGCCUCAUCAAGACCUUGCUCUCUCUCUGUGGGGCGGAGAAGGAAGUGCUGGGAUCGUCCCUCAUCAAACCACUGUUGGAUGACUUCCUCUUCCGGGCGUCGCGGAUCAUCCUGAACAGCCACUGUCCAGCGGGCAGCGCGGCCAUCAGCCAGCAGGAUUUCCAUCCUAAGUGCAGCACGGCCAACAGCCGCCUGGCUGCGUACGAAGUACUCGUCAUGCUGGCCGACAGCUCCCCGGCCAACCUGCAGCUCGUGUCCACCGAGCUUCUGUCCAUGCACCACCAGCCCGACCCGGCCCUCACCAAGGAGUUUGACUACCUGCCACCCGUGGACAGCCGGUCACCCUCGGGGUUUGUGGGAUUGAAGAACGGCGGGGCCACGUGCUACAUGAACGCCGUCUUCCAACAGCUGUACAUGCAGCCCGGGCUCCCUGAGUCCCUGCUGUCCUUCGACGACGACCUCGACAGCCCCGACGACAGCGUCUUCUACCAAGUGCAAUCCCUGUUCGGGCACCUGAUGGAGAGCAAGCUGCAGUACUACGUGCCGGAGAACUUCUGGAAGAUCUUCAAGAUGUGGAAUAAGGAGCUGUACGUUCGAGAACAGCAGGACGCCUACGAGUUCUUCACCAGCCUCAUCGACCAGCUGGACGAGUGCCUCAAGAAAAUGGGCCGCGAGCAGAUAUUUAAGAACACUUUCCAGGGCGUCUAUUCCGAUCAGAAGAUCUGCAAGGACUGUCCGCAUAGGUACGAACGAGAAGAAGCCUUCAUGGCCCUCAACCUGGGAGUUACGUCCUGCCAGAGCUUAGAAAUCUCUCUGGAUCAGUUUGUCAGAGGCGAAGUCCUAGAAGGCAGCAACGCCUAUUACUGUGAGAAGUGCAAAGAAAAGAGAACGACGGUGAAGCGGACUUGCAUCAAGGCCCUGCCCAGCCUCCUGGUCAUCCACCUCAUGCGAUUCGGCUUCGACUGGGAGAGCGGACGAUCCAUCAAGUACGAUGAGCAGAUACGGUUCCCCCGUGUGCUGAACAUGGAGCCCUACACGGUCUCGGGCAUGGCCCGCCAGGAUUCGUCGCUGGAGGGCGGCAGCGGCGGGCGGGCGGCAGACCCCGGGGGCGGGGGAUCACCCCGGAAGAAAGGGGGACCCACAGAGAACUACGAGCUCGUCGGGGUGGUCGUGCACAGCGGACAGGCCCACGCCGGUCACUACUACUCCUUCAUCAAGGAUCGGAGGGGCUGCGGAAAGGGCAAGUGGUACAAGUUCAACGACACCGUGGUCGAAGAGUUCGACUUCAGUGACGAGACCCUGGAGUUCGAGUGUUUUGGGGGCGAGUACCGGCCGAAGGUGUUCGAUCAGUCGAACCCGUACCCCGACCUGCGCCGCCGCUACUGGAAUGCCUACAUGCUGUUCUACCAGAGGGCGCCCGACCCCGGCUCCCCGGUCCUGCCCAAGAAGAGCCGCGUCAGCGUCGUGCGGCAGGAGGCCGAGGACCUGACGCUCUCGGCUCCAUCUUCGCCCGAAAUUUCCCCGCAGUCCUCCCCGCGACCCCACAGGCCCAGCAGCGACCGCUUGUCCAUCCUCACCAAGCUGGUCCGGAAGGGAGAGAAGAAGGGGCUGUUCGUGGAGAAGAUGCCCGUCCGGAUAUACCAGAUGGUGAGGGAUGAAAACCUCAAGUUCAUGAAGAACCGAGGGGUCUACAGCAGCGACUACUUCAGCUUCGUCCUGGCCCUGGCGUCCCUCAACGCUACCAAACUGAAGCACCCCUCCUACCCCUGCAUGGCCAAGGCGAGCCUGCAGCUGGCCAUCCAGUUCCUCUUCCAGACGUACCUCCGCACCAAGAAGAAACUCAGGGUGGACACAGAGGAGUGGAUCGCCACCAUCGAGGCGCUGCUCUCCAAAAGCCUGGAUGCCUGCCAGUGGCUGCUGGACUACCUGAUCGGCCCCGAAGGCCGUGAGCUGAUCAAGGUCUUUUUGCUGGAGUGCAACGUGCGGGAGGUGCGUGUUGCCGUGGCAACCAUCCUGGAGAAAACGCUCGACAGUGCCUUGUACCAUCAGGAUAAGCUGCGGAGCCUCCCCCAACUACUGGACAUGCUGUUGGCCCUGCUGGAGAAGGACGUGCCCGAGAACUGCAGGAACUGUGCCCAGUAUUUCUGCCUGUUCAACACCUUUGUCCAGAAGCAGGGGCCCCGAGCCAGCGACCUUCUCCUGAGGCACUCCGCCGUCCGCCACAUGGUCAGCUUCCUCCUGGGUCCCAAUCGACAGAGCAGCCAGAUCCGCCGAUGGAGCCCCGCCCAGGCGCGCGAGUUCGGCUUCCUGCAUAACACCGUGGCCCGGCUGGUCCUGCACUCAGACGUCUCCUGCCAGAGGGACGUGGCGCCAGGUACGUUCAGACCGCGGCCGCCGGCGGCCUCCAUCUCCUCCUCUUCCUCCUCGUCCCUCUCUGGCGCCGGCCCCCCGCUGCUGGUUCUCCACGAAGAGCUGGAAGCCCUGCUGUUCUUGGCCGGGGGGAAACCCUACCUCCUCGAGGUGAUGUUCGCCCUGCGGGAGCUCCCCGGCUCCCUGGCCGCCCUCAUCGACAUGGUGGUGUACUGCUGCUUCUGCAACCAGCGCUUCUCCCUCACCGUGCUGCACUGCAUCAAGAACCAGCUGGAAACAGCACCGCCCCACGAGCUGCAGAAUACCUUCCAGCUCCUCCAUGAGAUACUGGUCAUCCAAGACCCCAUCCAGGUCGAGCGGAUCAAGUUUGCCUUCGAGACCGAGAACGGAUUGCUGGCCCUGAUGCACCACAGUAACCAUGGCGACAGCAGCCGCUGCUACCAGUGCGUCAAGUUCCUGGUCACGCUGGCGCAAAAGUGUCCAGCUGCCAAGGACUACCUGAAGGAGAAUUCGCACCAUUGGAGCUGGGCAGUCCAGUGGCUCCAGAAGAAGAUGUCCGAGCACUACUGGGCCCCUCAGAGCAACGUGUCCAACGAAACCUCCACCGGGAAGACCUUCCAGCGCACCAUCUCCGCCCAGGACACGCUGGCGUACGCCACGGCCCUGCUGAAUGAGAAGGAGCAGUCGGGAAGCAGCAAUGGGUCAGAGGGCAGCCCGGCCCACGAGAACGGGGAGCAGCAGAGUCUCCCUCAGGGCUCAGAGUCCCCCAUGAUGAUCGGUGAGUCCAGGAGCGACCUCGACGACGUUGACCCGUAGCGGGAUCUUCUCACGGUCAAGGGUCAGGCGGACCGGCCCCACCCCGGCCCCCAGCGGGGGAAGCGUGGCCUCGGCCUCGCCCGGUCAGCGCCGGGCGGGGUCUCUGGGGGGGCGGGGCCGCCCCCCAGGGGCGGGCGGCGGCCGGCGGGGUGGGGCGGGGCGGAGCCGAGCGGGCCCUUCCCGCGGACGUGCCCAGGCCCGCGCGGCGACGCUCCCGCCCCGGGAGGGGUUUUGGCGGAUGGAGCCGCCCCGGAGACUUUUAUUAUGUGAACAUAAAGUGAGUGAAUGUAAAACUGUUACUUUUCUGUGA